UCCCUGAUCCCUUUAUCUGCCCCAGCCUUCAAGGCCCAGCACAGCCAUGGACAAUCAGCUCUUGCCAGUGCUGCUGCUGCUCCUUCUGGGGGUCUCAGGCCUAUGUGGACAGAGGCAAGGGCCUGAGGGUCCCUCAGAGGAACUCCCUGAGGAGUCCCCUGGGGAGGAAGUCCCCAAGGAGGAUGGGAUCUUGCUCCUGAGCAACCAUACCUUGAGCCUGGCACUACAGGAGCAUCCAGCCCUGAUGGUGGAGUUUUGUGAGUGCUUGGGAUAGCCCAGGGAUUUAGGCCACAACUUCCUGGACUUGGGCCUUUCUGUGGGCACUCUGACCCCCGAGCCCUGUUCCUGGGAGGACCCUGGACAGGAGGCUUUUGUGCUGAGCUGGGCUUAGGGGUGGUCCAGACAGAUUAGGCAGUGGUGGUAGUGUAGGGGGGACCCUGGGGACAGGAGGACAGCUACACUCUCCUGGUCUACCAGUCAAUGCUAUAUAUUAAUGUCACCAUCUUCAAGGCCUCUUCUCCAAAUGGCUCGUGGCUGGUCCUUUGGUAAAAGUACAGCGUCCAGGCUAGGUGGCCCACGCAGGUCCCUCUGGCAUAUGUGACUGUGGUUUCUUAUAGCCCUUUACAAAUGUUGAAGCCAUUCUUAGCUGGCAGGUCUCAGCAAGCAGCCACAUGUGGCCCUGAGUCUGGAAGCAGGAUUCUUUUCAAACUCUCAAAUCUCACUGGGCCUGCACCUGGAGUCUCUAGGGUCUGGCACCCAGGUGUCCUGGUGACCAAUGCCCUGGGUGGGCCCCUGCCCCCCAGGGAGGGUGUGAACAGAACACACUUGCUUCCUGCUGGACCUGGUAGGGCAGGGCUGGGGCUGUGAAAGACUGAUGCACUCACAGCCUCAUCCUCCAGAUGCCCCAUGGUGUGGCCACUGCAAGGCACUAGCCCCUGAGUACAGCAAGGCAGCAGCCCUGCUGGCAGCAGAGUCAGCUGGGGUCAUGUUAGCCAAAGUAGAUGGACCUGCGGAGCCAGAGCUAACAAAGGAGUUUGGCGUGGAAGGGUACCCCACGCUCAAGUUCUUCCAGAAUGGCAACCGCACACACCCAGAAGAGUAUACAGGGCCUCAGAAGGCUGAAGGUAUUGCUGAGUGGCUGAGGCGACGGGUGGGGCCCAGUGCCAUACGUCUGGAGGAUGAGGAGGGUGUCCAGGCACUGAUGGACACUCGGGAUAUAGUAGUCAUUGGCUUUUUUCAGAACCUGCAGGAGCAGAACAUGGCUACCUUCUUGGCCUUGGCCAAGGAUGCUCUGGAUAUGACCUUCGGCUUCACUGACCGGCCACAGCUCUUUCAUAAGUUUGGCCUCACUAAGGACACUGUGGUCCUAUUUAAGAAGUUUGAUGAGGGGCGAGCCGACUUCCUGGUAGAUGAUGAGCUUGGCCUGGACAUGGGGGACCUGUCUCGCUUCCUCGUCACACACAGCAUGCACCUAGUCACAGAGUUCAACAGCCAGACAUCUCCUAAGAUCUUUGCUGCCAGAAUUCUCAACCACCUGCUGCUGUUUGUGAACCAGACACUACCUCAGCACAGGGAGCUGUUGGCAGACUUCAGGGAGGCAGCUCCCCCGUUCCGGGGGCAGGUGCUGUUUGUGAUGGUGGACGUGGCUGCUGACAAUGGCCAUGUGCUACAGUACUUUGGCCUCAAGGCUGAGGAGGCCCCCACCCUGCGCCUGGUCAAUAUUGAGACCACCAAGAAAUAUGCACCUACAGGCAGGACACCCAUCACUGCAGCUUCUGUGACUGCUUUCUGCCACGCAGUCUUCCAUGGGGAAGUCAAGCCCUAUUUCCUGAGCCAGGAGGUACCCCCUGACUGGGACCAGCGGCCAGUCAAGACCCUCGUGGGCAAGAAUUUUGAGAAGGUGGCUUUUGAUGAAACCAAGAAUGUAUUUGUGAAGUUCUAUGCCCCAUGGUGUAGCCACUGCAGGGAGAUGGCCCCAGUCUGGGAGGCUCUGGCUGAGAAGUAUAAGGACCAUGAGGACAUUGUCAUUGCUGAGCUAGAUUCCACGGCCAACGAGCUAGAAGCCUUUGCUGUGGGCGGCUAUCCCACCCUCAAGUUCUUCCCUGCAGGGCCAGAUCGGAAGGUGAUAGAAUACAAAAGCACCAGGGACUUAGAAACAUUCUCCAAGUUCCUGGACAGUGGGGGUGACUUGCCUGAGGAGCCUGCAGUAUCCUCCCCGGAGCCACAGGCUAAUUCCACCCUGGGGCCCAAGGAGGAGCUGUAGCUGUUCUGUCACUGAACCCCAAGAAGUGGUGUCCUCAGUGUUGGAAGGAGCUGUGUGCUAUGAAUAAAGACUUUGUCCCAGAUUUUGUGUGGUUUCUGAGCAGAGCUGGUUGCUGGUCUGCCCAGCUUAGCCCCAGUCUCAGCAGUCUGGGGCCUAAUCCACUUCAAUGGGGCCUGACCCUUCAGGUGGGCUCCUGGCCCACUUGGACCUGCUUGGGCAAGAAUGAAGAACAAGUACUCAAGAUGUCACUGGCCCCUCAGAGGCCAGCACACCCACCAGCCCUGUCUCACUGGGUAGUAGAUAGUAUCCUCCAUGUCCAAGGCAGGUUCAAAAACUGUUUUAUUUCAUUAUUAGGCAAGUACCUUUGAAAAGAUAAAUUGUACAAGUCAUCGUGUGAAAAAUGGGCUGGGGCACCCCCUGCUGGCCCUGGCCUGAGAAAUGUACAUAUUUACAUGGGCCCUUGGAAAGGGACUAGACCCAUCUUGCUGAGCCAAGCUGGUGGCUUGGAGAUAGGCAAAGAGGCCUGAGGUGCUUGGCCGCCAGAUUCACACAGUGGCAGGCAAGAGACAGCUGUGUUGAAGGCACUCAGUGACAUGUACAAUUUACAGAGGCCCCACAGGAUCCCCUGUUCCUGGGCCUGGACCCAACCAGGUGCAACAACUGGUUCCAGAGGGAGAAGUGAACACCAGACAAGCCCAGGAGACUAGGUCAGCCUGCAUUCAGCAGCAAGGGUUGCUGGGGGCAUGAGGUGCUCCUGGUAUUGUGUAGGGUGGGGUGGGUAGGACUUCCUUUUUUUUUUUUUUUUUUUUUUUUUUUUUUUUUUUUU